GGGAACAGGAUGCAAUUUUUUGUGUCUUGUCCAUCUUGUUUGGGGGUCGCAGUACCUCACCAAGAUCAGAAAGGAAAAUAAAAUCCAAAUAAUAUUUUUAAAGUGGAAAUCAAUUUUAGCCAAGGGUUAGGAGUAAAAAAAGAGAGAGAGAGAGAGAGGGGUUGGGCCAUUUCUGGCUUUUCUGAGUCCUUGGGGACGGUGAUCCUCCCCUCUUACCUGAAUGGAUCAUGCCCUGGCAGCUUCUCCUGGGAUCCAAGGGUGCUUUCUGCUUGUAGCGAUUGCUCAGGCCCCUUGGAUCCAGUCCAGAACCUUUCAAUAAAGUGAUUCACAGCUGCCUAACUGUGUCCAUGGUGCCCAGAGGGAUGAGAGGCAGAGGGGGAAAGAACCACUGAGUUCACCUCUUGGGCCACAGCUAUCUAGGAGGCUGGCAAAUGUGGAUGAGGGCAAGGAAAGGCUGAGAAAUGGGAUAGAGGCACCAAGGCCUGCCUAUAGCCCCCUUGGGAGCAGGGCCUGGGGGCCUCCACUAGGGAGUGGCCCCGGCCCUGCCCUGCCCACCCAGGUUCCUCAGCUCCUUUCCACUGCCCUGCUAGUCUGUCCAGUGGACCCACAGCUGGCCCCACUGGCCACCCCCAGCCCCCCAAUCACUCAAGGACAGGAGCCCCAAACCCAGUCCCCCAUCAUAUCCUUCCUGGACCCUGACUCUGGGCUUCUUUUCAGCCCCCAAGCUGAGGCUGAGCCCCAGACCCAAAGGACCUGGGACAGAGAAAAUACACAGAUCUCAUUUCAAUCUUUGUCUUUGGGGUUGGAGAUUUAAAAAAUCCACAGUGGAUGUAGCUUUCUGCACAUUGAUUGACAAUAAAGGCAGGCAUGAAAUAUUCACCCAGGGCCACUCUCUCAUACUAAAUAUUUAACACAACAUUAGAGAAGGUUUUUCCCAGACUUCGCCAGGCACCGGCUGGGCGGCUGGCGCACUGCUUACCACUCGUUUAUGACUAAUCUGAGUCCCUAGCCGCCGGCAGCACAGCAAGCCAGACAAAGUUGGGACACUGGCUUGCUGCUGGGCUGCCUCACCUUUGGAAAACUUCAUAUACUCUUCUGGGGAGUCUCUCCAAAGGGGAAAGGGAGUUUUAACAUAUAGCCCUGGCCAAGAAAAGAAUGGACUUCUUCAAACUCUUGUAAACAGGCAAUGGUCCUCUGCGGGUUGGCAGGGUAAGAGUGCCUGAGAGUUGGGGGGAAGGAUUCACAUCUCUUGUGGGACCAGGCAGUGGGGAAAGAGGUCUUCAUUCCCCUCCUCAAUCUUGGGCUCAUCACUGGGAGGAGGCAAGACCCCCAAACGUGGGAGCCCUCCUCCUUUCCCCAAUCCUGGGUGGGGGGGAAAGAGCAGCCGCUAGAAAAAAAAAUACAAUUACCCCCUCCCAGCCACCGCCCCCGCCCAUCCCACCGCCCACCCCACCCCAACCCUCUCUCUCCUCCUUUGCUCGCUCUGUGGAAUGGAGAGGAGGGGAGUGACGAGAGAAAAACGAAUACAAAUCUGCAAUUGAUUUUCAUAAUGUUUCUGCGGUGUUUGCAAACCAAUCGCCUGAACGUCCCCAUCUUACCUAAGAGAGAACCCCUCCUACGUCUGCGAAGUGCUCCGAACUGAUAUAUGACAAUAUCUACUUUGGAUCACGUGCUCGGGGAGAGAGACUAAGACGGAUAACGCGUCAUCUCGCCUUCCCAAAUUUUCCCCCCUCGCUAGAUCGGGUCCAAAACCUCCAUCUGGAGCCGGCAGGAGAAGAGAACGAUGUUUAACUCGGUCAACCUGGGCAACUUCUGCUCGCCGUCGCGCAAGGAGAGGGGCGCUGAUUUCGGCGAGCGAGGGAGCUGCGCCUCCAACCUCUAUCUGCCCAGUUGCACUUACUACGUGCCCGAGUUCUCCACGGUCUCCUCCUUCCUGCCCCAGGCCCCCUCUCGACAGAUCUCCUACCCCUACUCAGCCCAAGUGCCCCCGGUCCGGGAGGUCUCCUACGGCCUGGAGCCAUCCGGCAAGUGGCACCACCGGAACAGCUACUCCUCCUGCUAUGCGGCGGCCGACGAGCUCAUGCACCGGGAGUGCCUGCCUCCUUCCACGGUCACCGAGAUCCUCAUGAAAAACGAAGGCUCCUACGGCGGCCACCACCACCCCAGCGCCCCGCACGCAGCCCCCGCCGGCUUCUACUCCUCAGUCAACAAGAACAGCGUCCUGCCUCAAGCCUUCGACCGUUUCUUCGACAACGCCUACUGCGGCGGCGGCGACGCGCCUGCCGAGCCCCCCUGCCCGGGCAAGGGCGAGGCCAAGGGGGAGCCUGAGGCGCCCCCGGCCUCGGGACUGGCGUCCCGGGCUGAGGCGGGUGCCGAGGCCGAGGCCGAGGAGGAAAACACGAAUCCCAGCUCGUCCGGUUCAGCCCACUCGGCGGCCAAGGAGCCGGCCAAGGGAGCCGCCCCCAACGCCCCCCGCACCCGCAAGAAGCGCUGCCCUUAUUCGAAAUUCCAGAUCCGGGAACUCGAGCGAGAGUUUUUCUUCAACGUGUAUAUCAACAAAGAGAAGCGGCUGCAGCUGUCCCGGAUGCUGAACCUGACGGACCGACAAGUGAAAAUUUGGUUUCAGAACAGAAGAAUGAAAGAAAAAAAACUAAGCAGAGACCGGCUGCAGUAUUUCUCGGGAAACCCUCUGCUGUAACCGCAGACCGGGCCCUUUUGGGGGAGGGGGGGAAAAGGGGGAAAUUAUUUUAUUUUAUUUUUAUUUUUUAUUUUCUAACUCGCCUUCUUUCCGCGGGUGGAAAACUGGACUGUGGCCAGGGCUGGCCCCCACUGCCGUCGCCCGCACUUCUUUCUGGAACCUCCUCCACCUUCCGUCUGACUCUCGCUGUGGGACAGGGACCGAGCCUGGAAAGAGGGUGGAAGGGAAGUGUCCGACCCAAGGCGAGUGGACAUAGCUGGCUCCGAGGCCAAGACUCUUUAUUUAAAAGAAAACACACCUCGCGACAAUGUCUUGCUGCUUGGAUUGGGUGGGGGAGGGGCGAGAGUCGUGGGCGCCUGAGAGAACAAUUCUUGAACCAAAAGCCUUCCCUUGCCCAAGUGAAAAGAUCUGCUAAGACACCGUGUCUGCGAGGGGAGACAUCUCGGGCUCCCCGCCCCUAUCCCACCUAGCCCCACUGCUAGGGGGCAGCUAAAUGUGAUCUUGCCUUGCUGUGAAAUUUCUGUACCUUCGACCUGGUGUUAGGUGUGCAAAGUCCUUGUCCUACCUCCGUCUGCGCCCAGGCCCGGCCUGAGCCUAGUUGUUCUCCCCGUGAACGUGCAGAGUCCUUUUUUGAAAUUUCUUAACUGGUGCAUUGAGGUUUCCUAACCUAUUUCCAAACGUGCCCCACUCCAUGGAUUUAUAGCUAUAUAGUCUAUGCAGUUGUUACUUCCCUUUUUUUU